AGCAGAUAGUUAAUAUGCGGAGUAAGAGGAAGGGGGCUGUACUCUUCUGGAUUUAUCAUAUAUACAAGACCCCGAGCCGAAGUGAAAAUAUAAUAGUUCGAAUAGAUCAAGAAUUGAAAUGAAUCGUUUCAAUGAAUAUGUUAACGUAAUGGUCUCUUAGUGCUGAUGGAGGAAAAUGUAAACAGUCUACACGUUGAACUUGUCAAAUGUCCCGUUAUGCGCGUAAUAGUACUUUUGUGCCUAAUUGUUCUUGGAAGCAAAAAUCUUAUUAAGUACAAUGUGGAGCAGAUCGACAUUGAAGUUACUCGUCUUUGUUUUGUCUGCGAUGAAAGUUCACUGUUAUCGUGAAGGAGAUGAGCUGUGUCCUCGCAAAGAGCCCCCUCCUGGAGUUUUGGUAUUGCAGAUAGGAAGCAAUGUUGUGCUGGGCUGCCGAGGUGAUGUCACUGUGAAUGAUGUGCCAUUGGUUUUGGCCACAGUGGUGCAUAAAAAACACAGAAAUAGGUCAGAAGUUGUAAAUGGUGGCUUUACAACCCAAAGCGAUUCCGUAUAUGUUGAAGAUAAUAGUAUACAUCAGAUCAAAGCAAGUGCUACAACUGGAACAAACACGAAGACUGUUGAUUCCAGAAUGUAUACUGAACCUAAAGAGAACACAACGGUCACUGUUAAACCUUCUGUAACUAUAAGAGAGGAUCGACCCCCUUCAAGGCGUGUCUUGCGUGAUGUUGAUCGACCCACCCAAUCAGAUGGGGCCGGUGGAGCUAGACAGGAGAAGGCGUAUGCGGUUACCAUGGGAACAAACUCCUUUUCAGAGGAAGAUGAAUAUGAUGACUACGAUUAUGAGGAGGAAAGUUCCAGGGUGACCAGGGGUAUCAAAAAGCGAACGUGGUGGACUCGGAAUGGCCAACAAGUGCGUGUGGGUGUUGAAAGGGGAGGGAUUUUACGGCUUCCCCAUCUCAGCUUGGCCAAUGCUGGAAAUUACAGCUGCUAUAGAGGAGACAGAUGGAUUUCAACGACUAACAUUACUGUGGGGGCAUCCCCAGAGAGACCCACGAUCAUUUGCUCCAGGAAGACUCAAACUAGCAAGGUCCGCUGUGAUUGGACAUCCAAAGAACCAAUAACCCCACGGCCACUUUGUUACCUCCUCCUUAGAUACUCGGGUAACGUCACUCGUACUCCGUGUUCAUUCUUCAGUUCGCGGUGUUGGUGUGCUUUCCCCGUGGAGGAGGGCGACAAAACGCUCCAUAAGGCAAUACUUUGUGUCACAAACACAUUGGGCAGCGCCACCAGCCCUCAAAUAUCCUUCACGCCACAAGAGAUCCUUAAACCAGACCCUCCUACCAAAGUUGAAGUGAGACCAGUUGAGGGAAGAAACAACAUUUUAAAAGUGUCCUGGUCUUAUCCCAGAAAUUGGAAAAUUGGCUACUAUUUCCUAGACUUCUAUCUGAGAUACCGACCACAACAGGCAGAAAAGUACCAGAUAGAGUGGAUAAAAGAAACUCUGCACAGACGCCUAUCUUUUACGAUUUCUGAUGCUCUGCCACACACUAAGUAUGAGAUUCAGAUUCAGGCCAAAGAAGAGUUUGAUGGCCAUUACAGUGACUGGACUGACACUGUGUUUGGAAUGACCUGGUCAAACAACGAUAUAUAUAUUGCUCCUGAGACCACUACCAGCUUUGAAAGCAACAGCUUGGAGAUGUUUUCUGAAGGUUCCGAGGGAUCUGGAGAAGGUCCUGGUCUAGAUUCGGUGGUCAUAGUUGGAGCAGAUGAUAGCGAUAAAGUGUGGCUCUGUGUGUCAGCAGUCUGUGGGCUGUGUUGUUUUGCAGCCCUCAUGAUUCUCACACUUUAUUUCUUCAGGCAUAGGCUACGGUUUAUGUCUACACUAGGGAAAGAGAGUUUGCUAUUUUCUUUCCUCCCUCGUUCCUCUCCCCCUCUUCCUCCUCCGGUACUUUCUGUGCAGCUUCCAGAAGAGGGGAAUUCUUUGUUGUCUCCUAUCAACCACAACCAGCAACGUUUCCUUCCUGAUCAGCAAGAGGAACAGGAGGGCAUUCACCUGCAUAACAUAGACUACUUCCUGACCCCGGCGACUGAGGGUGUGCCAUUGACUAUAAGCUCUUCUUUACAAGACACAUGAAGAAAUAUACAAUGUGACUGACUCUGAUGGAUCACAUUUUAUGUCUAUCACUCUGUGGCUUUGAAUGAUUUGAUCACAAUAUUUGUAAUGUUUUGUUAUUGUAGGCCCUAUAGCCAAAUCACUAUAGGAGCCAGUGACAUGUUGCUUUAUUGGAAUGUUUGGUUAUAAUGCUAUACAAUGCAACACACCUGCUGCUGAACAGUACCGCGUAGCUAAAAUGCUUUUUUAUUAACUGUUCUAAACAUGGUUGCCUUCUGCCAAGUGUCUUUAUAAUAGUGUUUCCAAGUAUACCAAGUGAUAAAAACUUCACCUACUUGGAAGAAAAAAAUGGCCAUCUUGACUAAAGAGGUGAAACAAUAGUUUUCUACUUGAAACCCUUAUAAAACUUCUAUAAUUAUGAAAAUUCUGUAAAGGGAAACUGUGGUGUUAUUGCUUUGAAUACAUUUGUUGAAAUGCAAUAAAAUCUUGCAUUGUGUGCAA